UGGAACUGGCUUGAAACCUUCGGCACUGACAAACGUGCAUGUUGGAGCAGAAAGACAGACAAAAAGCCCUCGUGGCCCUGGCUGGCAGAGAAGGGGAGAAGUGAAAAGGGUCCAGUCAACCUCCUUGGGUGAAAAAGUUCUCUAAAGAAAAGGUUUCGGCAAUUAGACAAGCAUGUCGGGAAGAAAGGGCGUUGCGCUCCAGAGGUUCUUGAUUUGGACAGCAUUUCUGUUAAUGGAAGGUUCAAAGUCUCGCUCCGAGGAACUCGUGCCCCAAAUCAUUGGCCACCCCUCCGACCUUGUGGUUCGCUCAGACAAGCCGGCCACCCUGAACUGCCGUGCCACUGGGAACCCGAAGCCCACGAUUGAGUGGUAUCGCAACGGGGAGUAUGUGGAAACUAGCAAAGGGGAUGCCACUUCCCAACCUACUCUUCUGCUCGAUGGGUCUCUCUUCUUCCUCCGUCUCAGCCAGAAAAAGGGAAAAUCAGAUGAAGGGGUGUAUAACUGCGUGGCCAAAAACCACCUGGGCACAGCCAUUAGCAGGAACGCUUCGCUUUACGUGGAAGCUCUGCAGGAAGAGUUUCGGCUCCAUCCCAGUGACUUGGUGGUGACAGCUGAAGAACGUUUGUCAUUGGAAUGUGUGCCACCCAGAGGACACCCUGAGCCUACCAUCUCAUGGAAGAAGAAUGGAGUGCCUAUAAAUGAGGGAAACGGUCAUUAUGAGGUUUCAGGUGUGAAUCUCAUGGUAGCCCAUGCUCUGAAGAGUGAUUCGGGAGCAUACGUUUGUGUGGCCACCAAUCAAGCAGGAGAGAGGACAAGCAGAGCAGCCCUGGUCUCUGUCUUGGAAAAGCCAACCUUCACUCGGCGACCUAAUGAUGUUCGAGCCAGACUUGGCAGCAACGUCCAGUUCAUGUGUGGAAUCCAUGGAGACCCAACACCUGUCAUCCAGUGGCAUAAAGAAAAUGGAGAGUUGCCCUCAGGAAGGUAUGAAAUAAACCAAGAAAACAGCCUUCAGAUUCACCAACUGACAAAAUACGAUGCCGGGAAAUAUGUCUGUAUUGCUCGCAACCAGGUGGGAACUAUCUCUGCCAAGGCAUCUUUAACGGUGCAGGAUCCAUUGGACACUGGCCAGAGGGAGCAGGACAGGCCCAAAGAUGUUCUGAAGGAACUGAAAGAUGCCAGGGUUAACCUGGAGAAUGUCACUGCUGUCCCCUCCGCUCCAGCAGCCCACUUGCACUGGAAGGUCAUCCCCUCCUCCCAACACAUCGAAGGUUAUGUGGUGUCCUACCAUUCUUUGUUUCCUGUGACCACGCACUGGGCUGAAUGGAACGUUCCAGGAGACCACCGUGCCAUCAUUCCCGGGCUUGAGAGAGGCUAUACAUAUGAGUUCAAGGUGCGCCCGUAUUCAGGGCAGGUCCAUGGCUUGGACAGCAAUCUAAGACAUCUCUGGAUUCCAGAAGAAGUGCCAAGUGCUCCUCCUCAGAGCAUCAUCAUAACCACCUUCCAAGAUGGGAACGGCACUGUGAUCAUCCACUGGGAACCUCCUCCGCAUGACACACACAAUGGCAUCAUUAAGGCCUACCAGGUCUGGUUCCUGGGCAAUGAGACUCACCAUGGAUUUAACAAGUCUGUCGAUGGAGGAACACACAGUCUAGAAACGUCAGGCCUAGUUAAUGGGCUAAAAUUCUGUGUGCAGGUAGCAGCGGUCAAUGGAGCAGGCAUUGGAGUGGCCAGCAAUCCUGUCUGCAGUGCUGUAGAGCCUACAGUGGGGAAGAUGGCAAAGACCCCGGACUUCCUGUCCCCCAACGCCAUCUUGGAAGUGGUACGCCAACCUGUCUUCAUCGCCACCAUGGGCUCAGCCCUCUGGAUCAUGCUGAUGGUGUUGGCUAUUUACGUUUGCCAACAGCAAACCAAGCAAUACAGAGCAGGGCGGCAGUAUGCCCUUGGCGAAGGUUUGUACAGGAAUGCCAGUGAUGACACCAUCAUCAAACACAGGAUAGACUCCAGCGAUUCCCCGUGGCUUUCAAACACAUGGAAAUCUACUUCAGGUUCCAAGAAUUACAGCACCAGCAGCAGCUUAAGCAGCCAGCUUCUGUGGCCUGAGCCGAAAGACAGCCAAGAAUUCCACAAGUCCACGUUGUCCUUCGACCGGCAGAGCCAAGGAUCCUACAUCCAAACUGUUCCUUUGGUGCCUGACAGCAGGAGCAGCAGCCUCUAUGGGGCCCUGUAUGUGGAUCUUCCAGCAAAAGACCUGAAAACCUUCUACAGCGCCCCUCUGCCUAACCACUCCCACCCCAGCCUGCACACUGUGGAACAGGGAAGAGCUGGGGACCAGAGGCUCAUGCCUCACUGCAACCAGAACCUGAGACAGGACAAUGGCAAAAUCAGAGGAGGCUCUCGGCAAGGGCCAUGGAAGGCCAAUGGCCCCCUGUCCCCACACCUGAUCCUCCAGGGAUCUUGGGAUAAAAACAGCAAGAAAGAGCUACAACAAGCUCACAGCACACCCAUGCCACCACCUAGCAUUUCACCAGACUGGAGCCACCAUGGCAGCCGGACCAGCAGAAAGCUCCAGAAAAUCCAUGGGCAGACGAAAAAGGUGCAGAAAACAUACAGCUUCCCAAAGUUCUCACACUGGAGUGCCUCACAGAAUGUGGCUGGUCUGUUGCCUCCUCCUCCUCCCGUCCCUCCAGGUUUUCAGGUUCCCCAGGAUAACAGCACCCAGCAAGGGUGUACCUGCACUUGCUACCUGGAUCCUCCUGCGGAUUUUGUGGCCCGGCGGCAGCAGGACAUGGACUCCCUACAGGCAGCCAGUGAGUCCCUGGAAGGGAGUCAAACCUUCCCAACCCUUCCUUAUAGCCACCUUUCUGCAGCCUCGAUCUCAGAAUCUCUCAAUGAUGACCAGGAGACGGUUCUAACCCCGGAGGAAGUGGCUGAAUACCUGGAGCUCAGCGAAGAGGCAGAACAUGAAAGGCAGCAGAACAACGGCACCCCGGCUACUCCUCGCCCUUUCUCUCCACCUCAUACCUACGGCUAUAUUUGCAGCCCGCUGGCCUCAGAGCUGCUGGAGACAGACGCCGCAGGCGAUGACGACCCCAACCUGGUGGAGGGCGGCUGCCGUCCCACCCCAUUCUUCCGGGCUUUCUGCCGGACACCCUCGUCUAGUCUGAGCGAGGAUGAGGCCUCCCUGGGCGGCUCCCUGCUCAAUGGGUGGGGCUCCGUCUCCGAAGACAACGGCACCAGCACACGCUGCAGCCUGGUCAGCUCCUCAGAUGGCUCUUUCCUCAUGGACGCCAAUUUUGCCCAGGCUCUGACUGUGGCAGUGGACAGUUUCUGCUUCGGGCUGACUCAGAGGGAGGUUGACAAGGCACUGACAGACUUUUUGCCUUCCGCAUCUCCUCUUGAUGGACUCCUGCACCCUUCCUCCGAGAGUUCGGAGGCAGCGCAGCCGAAGCCCGGAAUGCAGUCUCUGCCCGUGUGGGAGUGGAGCACAGAUUGGGUAGAUGAGAUGGAAACCAAGUAUACACAGCAGGCUGAGAAUUGGAAUGCUCUCCCAAAGUUGGGAAAAGAAAGGGCAGCUCCACCAAGAGAGACCCGGCUGCUCACUGCUUCCGCCUUGCAAGGAACACAAGGCAAGUGCCGUCGUGGUGGAGGACCAGCCAAUGAUUGGGAUGGGUAG